GUUCUUACGCUUCGUGGACAACGAGCGUCUGCUCCAAUUGGCGCUCCUGGCAGACGCAGCGGAGGAGGCCAAGGCAUUGACACGGCUGACGGACAGGGAGUCGUGCGAGACCGAGAAGGUCGCGCAGGAGGUGGAAGCGUACCUGGCUCGCAUCACUAUGCUUUUCAUCGACAGGGGGUGCAGGGAGUUUGGGUACACAAACUUCAUGCUGCGUCAAUUGCGGAACCCCAUGCUGGUGUACGCGGACGGCCAGCCCAAGAGAAUUGGCGGCCCUCUGGCAGAUGGCGUUUUGCACCGAGCUUUUGGACGCAUGGCGUGUUGGGUUCGCCUGACCCACGAAGUUGUUAGAGCAGAAUAUCCCAACUUUAGCAUCUUUACGUCGUUCAGCGUUUUCCAUCUUCCGGACGAUCUGCCAGAAAAUCCAGCCGGUCAGUUGAGCGGCGCUGUGGCCGAGAAGCUCAAGCGCCUGGCCAAGUUCUUUCAUGUGAAUGAGCCCAGUCUCAUGAAACAGUUUGUGGAUGUGCAAGCUUUGGCCGGACGUUACAAGACCAUGAAGGGCAGCACAAAGGACAUGGAGACUGUUGUGCGGAAAGCCAGGCUCAUUUGGAGCAAGCACUUCGGGGUCAGCCGGCGUGCCAAUGAGGACCAGAUUAGGUAUCGGAAAGCCGGCCCCGUGCAGACGCACAGAAACAAUACGCAGACCGAGGCAUCUUGGCUGCGAGAGAGGCGGCAGCAAGUUGCUGAAGCAUGUCGCAGAUGGCGGCGCCGAGACUCCUUUGAGGCAGCUCGUCCACGCGUGGAUGCCAUUUCAGGUCCUCUCUGGACGCCACGCAUGCAGAAAGAAGCUACUUUUCAGCAAGGCAAGCGGCUCAAGCGAUUAAUCAUCGCCCACAAGAAUGGCAUGACGCUGGACGGGGACGUGGGGAAUGAAGAUGACUUUCAGGCCAAGCUUCGCAAGAUCGAGCAGAACAUGCGCAAGAAUCUCAGGGACCAUGAGCGAAAGCAUGAGCUCCGCACGCAGGUGAAAAUCAUCAAACGCCCGCAGUUUCAGCGGCCGCGUGGUGUGGUCUUCCUCGACAAGUUCAUUUCGCGCCAGGAUCUGCCGGCCUGCAGGCGUGCUCUCUCCGCUGGUGCACGCGUGAGCUCUAACAGGGCCAGGGCAGGGGUGUUCAUUGUCGCCGACAUCGCCUCACCCGGGCAAAGGGUUCGCUGGCACUUGGCUAUUCGUGGCGGCGCUGUCAUGGAUCCUGCUUGGCUGAAGAGCCAGGGUCGUGGUGGUUUCAUGCUGAAGUACAAGGCGGCUACUCAGGUUCCUCGCAAGGUCUGGGUAAGUGCGGCGUGGGCCGAGCGGCACGAGGAGCUCUUCCACAUUCUGGGGAGAGCCGCAGCGGCCCGGGGAAGUAAGUGGAGCCUGCUCCAGAUGUCUGAGGCGGAGAUUUUGCCGGCGAUUGCAAGACGGAACAACACUCGGCCAAUCCACAUCCUGCUCACUCCAGGGGACAAG